ACAAGCCCAACCCUACAGGUCCCAAAACAGGUUGCAUGACACAGUCGGGUGGGGCUUUUUUAUCUGGUAUCCACACCACACCUAGUGACACUGUCUUGGCGCAAAGACGCACAAGACGCUAUAUAACCGCACGGACUACACCGCGCUCGUCCACAGCUCUUCCACGUCUCUCUACUCGGCUCAAACACACUCCGAUCGUCCGUCAUGUUUCGCUGUGGGAUCGCCUACCCCCGAUGCAGGUGGAUCGUGCCCCUGCUGCUGCUCUUCGCCAUUAUUUUUGACAUUAUCGCCAUCGCCGCUACCUCGGGAUGGGUCGAGGAUGAAGACGCCAAGUCUCACUACGCCAAUAUGUGGGAGCAGUGCCGAGGCAGGAAUGACAACUGGAUCUGCACUUCGCUCAUGGAGUUCUCUUGGGCCCAGGCAGUGGCUGCUCUCAUGAUCAUCGGCCUCAUCAUCCUCAUCUUCGCCUUCAUCAUCUCCUGUGUGGCUCUGUGCUGCACGCUCAACAUCACUCUUCUGCCACUCAUAGGAGCAAUGUUGAUCCUUGUUGUGAUUCUCCAGAUCAUCGCUCUGAUCAUCUACCCCGUCAGUUUCAACGAGCUGAUCUUCGAGGGCCACUAUUACUACACCUGGGCCUACGGCUUCGGCUGGGGCGCCACCAUCCUCUGCAUCGGCUGUGCAAUCCUCUUCUGCUGCCUGCCGCGCUACGAGGAUAAGCUGUCCGGGUUGGAAAAGGUUAAAUACCUUUAUUCCUCUGCUUAAAGACUAAACCUUCACACCCACCCAAUUACAGACAUUUCCACUCUCUACUCUGCGCUAGAUGAACGUUUUUACACUGUGCCAUUUCACCAAAGAUCCACGAUGACUCAGUUCUGUUAGAUUUGGUUCGACAGUGGAAAAUCCUCCUCGACCAUCCGAGAGCAAAGUCAGAAGCAAGGGGUAUUUCUUCCUAGAAGUGGACUGUGAUUGGAUGUUGCCUCUGCUUUAAUGAACAGACCUCUAUUUUCGAUUAAGUCAGCAUCAUAAAAACAUAUUUUUACCAUAGUGUUUUUUUCACAUCCUGCAUUUUAGUGAGACAUAUUGCUUAUUUUAUCUGUACUUAUUACCAGUCAUUCUCAAUGCAAGAUCACCCAAGUGCACUUAACCUUAGGGAUGUCAUUCUGUGUAAAGAAUAGUUUUAUCCUGGUUUAUUUUAGACUUCCUAAUUUCCUAAAAUUUGCACCAGAUGGGAAAAGUAAACAUUAAUCUUGAUUUGGUUUUUGUCCCAUGUUUUAUAAUUGUUUCAGUUUUUUUAAUCUGUGUCUGUGUGUGUGUGGUUCUGCGUAAAGUGAGAAGGAAGCAAAGGCUUGGAUUAAGAAGCUGAAUUGUUUUUGCUCAUUUUUAUCUGCUAUGUGUCUCAUGAGUUUUGCAUUCUUACUUAUUACCAAAGGGGUAUAACUGUGGGGGUUUGCUGUGCUGUCUCUGUAUAUGUUCUGAACACUAAUAAUACACUUGAUUAGAGUGUGAUGGUUGGGUGACUUGGCUGCAGUUCCCUCUCUGCCUCAAAGGAAGUACAUCUCGAGAGUGCAUUAAGAGAGAAAGAUUUAAAAGGUUUUUUUAAUCACAUGCAUAUAACAAGUCUUGUAUUUUCUAAGAGCCUUAGAAGUUUUGAUAAUGCUUCUUUCCCCCAACCAUCUGCUGGUUUGAUGAGACCCUGAACCGAGGUGUAGAAUCUUCUGACUGCAUACUGUGUGUAACACUUGUGCCUUAGCGUCUUCAGUGUUCUCUCAAAACUGGUCAGUCUGGUUUUAAUCCCAGUUAACGGUUACAUUUCUGCUCAUGCCAAGACCACAUCUGUGCCCAAACAAGACCAAGUUCUAAUGUUUUAUUACAUGAGAGAGUUUAGUUAACUGUUAACCGUUGAGUGAAAACAAAACGUGAUGAUUGAUCUUAGAUUAGUGGUCAAAGUCCACAACCCAACUCAUGCUUUCAUCAUCAGACGUGGAGUCUUUCAAGGUGUUUACUGCAUAAAUAACUGAUAUAACUUCAUGAUUUGGUGGAAGUUUUAACGGAGGAUCAGGACAGAUUCUGGGAGCGUUACACUUGAAGAGACUCUUGGCUGCAUGUCUUGAAAGUGAGGUUAAAAACAUGCUUUUACUUGCGGACGUGUAUCUCUUAACUCUUUUUCUUGUAUGGGGAUAUGAUGUACUAAAGAGAUCUUCUUCAACAUUCAUCCACUACAGAAAAUCAACCAGCUGUUCUUCUGCUGUAGUAUGAAUUGAUUGUAUUUUUUGGUAGUCUGUAUUUUUAUGCAAUAAAAGGUUUCUUUUUUUUUUUGAA